AUGUGUAUAUGCCAUGUAAGGGCUGUCCCAGAGUCCACAGAUUCUGAAGUUUCUACAGUUAAUAAAACCUCGACAGACACCCUAGAUCCCCAGUCCACCCCCAGUGUCCUGGAACCACCUUCAUCAGACCCCACCUCAGAGGGAACCCCACCCAUAGGAACUCCUCUGCCCGGCCCAGACUCUCCUGCAGCACCUGCUGGGGCACCUGUUCCAGCCUCAGCUCCCAGUACCCCUGCCCCGGGGUUGAUGUCUGCCCCCAGUACACCAAUGGCCACCCCUCUCUCCUCAAUGCCUCCUUCUCCAGCAAGCACUCUGUCUGCAGUGUUGUCCUCCCUCUCAACUCCAAAACAGUCUCCAGGUAUGAAGACAGACGGCACACAUAUGACAAGAACUGGACAAUCUCUGGAACUCCUUACUCCAGUACUCCCAUCUAAAGGCAAAAAGAACAGAAAAAGUCGUAAACAGACAAUUUCUCCAAUCACUCAAUCAGGAGAAAGUUCAGUGAGAAAGAGAAGUACUAGUAAAUCAACGGAAAAGGGAGAGAAAUUUGGCCAGCCUCAUUUCUCACGGAAACGAAGCAGGUCCACUAACGAGAGAGCCAACUAUAUCCUGGUUCCUGAGACAGCCCUUCCACCAAAAGCCUUCGUCAUCGAGCCUGAACACAACCAUUUUAAGUGUACGUUUGAGGACUGUAAUAAGGGGUUCCGUAAGGAGACUCUGCUGGAAUCUCACAUCAAGUUCUACCACUCGAACGACGGCAAGCCUCCGCAAAACCCACCCAGGAAACGACGAAAAACAUACAGUAUUUGUUCUACAGACUCGGACAUUUCCGUCACCCCCAGGCAGCGGUACCCCUCCAGUGGCUCCCUCUGUCGGCCGAGCACUUCAUACGAGGGCACCACCGAACUGGCGGGCUCAGAGCAGCUUAAUGUGGAGGGGCAGCUUCUUUCUGAAGCCAACUAUAUCCUGGUUCCUGAGACAGCCUUUCCACCAAAAGCCUUCGUCAUCGAGCCUGAACACAACCAUUUUAAGUGUACGUUUGAGGACUGUAAUAAGGGGUUCCGUAAGGAGACUCUGCUGGAAUCUCACAUCAAGUUCUACCACUCGAACGACGGCAAGCCUCCGCAAAACCCACCCAGGAAACGACGAAAAACAACCAGUAUUU